UGUAUUUAACCCAAGAAGGCUUGGAUAAGUGACCUAGGUUGCGGCUGGUAUACCUCCUUAGCCGGCUGGAGCCCGGAGGGCGCGCCUAAGCAUGGGCACCUCUCUGCUAACAAUGCUUGAGGUAGUGAGUCACACCCUUGACAGGUCAGGUCCUCCGGACUCUGAGCCGCUUCGGAGACUAGCGCUUGGAUGCGAAGAGUCCUUCGGGUUUUCUCUUUUUCUUUCCUUUCCUUUCCUUUCCUUUCCUUUCCUUUCCUUUCCUUUCCUUUCCUUUUCUUUCUCUCCUUUUUUCCUUCCUUCCUUCCUUCCUCCCUCCCUUCCUUCCUUCCCUUCUUCCUUUUUAAAAAUGGUAGGUUUGCCUUCUUCUGCGUCUGAACCUCCUCUGGCAGUUGACGUCGCCAGGUUAUCCCCUGUCCUAGCACUCUCCCGCCUUCUUCCUCCCAUCCCCAAAAAAGUUUGACUCCGGCUGGAAAAAGCAUUAAUGAAUGUAUCUGUGGGAAGAAACGGAAAGUGAAUGAGUCAAAAGGGCCACCUUCGGCCAAAGGCCCAAGGGGAAGGAAAGAAGCCAGAGGCGUUUGGCUUUGGAUUUGGGGGGGAAGGUGAUGGGGGAGUUGCAGACUUCAGGAAUCAGGGAGCGGAUACUGGGCGUGGACCCCGUCAUUGUUCCUGGCCAGCUCUUAUCUCCCAGGAGCAAGUAUCCUGUGUGCGCAGUGCAUGAAUGUAUCUGGGCAUCUCGCGUAUAUUUAUAUAGCGAGUGAUGCGAAAAGCAGGGCGAGGAGAGGAAGAGGGGGGUGUGGGGGAGGGAAGACAAGAGAGAGCAGAGAAGAGAGAGGAGAGGGCGAGAUGAGAGAGAGAGAGAGAGAGAGAGAGAGAGAGAGAGAGAGAGAGAGAUAGGACUUCCUCCCCGAUCGCAAAGUGAAGUCACUUCCCAAAAUUAGCUGAAAAAAAGUUUCAUCCGGUUAACUGUCUCUUUUUCGAUCCGCUACAACAACAAACGUGCACAGGGGAGCGAGGGCAGGGUGCUCACAGGGGGCACUCAGAGAGGGCCCAGGGCGCCAAAGAGGCCGCGCCGGGCUAAUCUGAAGGGGCUACGGGGUCAGGCUGUAACCGGGUCAAUGUGUGGAAUAUUGGGGGGCUCGGCUGCAGAAUUGGCCAAAUGGACGGGACUAUUAAGGAGGCUCUGUCAGUGGUGAGUGACGACCAGUCCCUUUUUGAUUCAGCAUACGGAGCGGCCGCCCAUCUCCCCAAGGCAGAUAUGACUGCUUCGGGGAGUCCUGACUACGGGCAGCCCCACAAAAUCAACCCCCUGCCACCACAGCAGGAGUGGAUCAACCAGCCAGUGAGGGUCAAUGUCAAGCGGGAAUAUGAUCACAUGAAUGGAUCCAGGGAGUCUCCGGUGGACUGCAGUGUCAGCAAAUGCAACAAGCUGGUGGGUGGAGGCGAAGCCAACCCCAUGAACUACAAUAGCUACAUGGAUGAGAAGAAUGGCCCCCCUCCUCCCAACAUGACCACCAACGAGCGGAGAGUCAUUGUGCCUGCAGACCCCACACUGUGGACACAGGAGCACGUUCGACAGUGGCUGGAGUGGGCCAUAAAGGAAUAUGGCUUGAUGGAGAUUGACACUUCCUUCUUCCAGAACAUGGAUGGCAAGGAACUGUGUAAAAUGAGCAAGGAGGACUUCCUCCGAGCCACCUCCCUCUACAACACAGAAGUGCUGUUGUCGCACCUCAGUUACCUCAGGGAAAGUUCACUGCUGGCCUAUAAUACACCCUCCCACACAGACCAGUCCUCACGACUGAAUGUCAAGGAAGGUCCUCCCCUUGGAGGAGCACAGAGCAUGGGCAAGAACACUGAGCAACGGCCCCAGCCAGAUCCUUAUCAGAUCCUGGGGCCCACCAGCAGCCGCCUAGCAAACCCUGGAAGUGGGCAGAUCCAACUGUGGCAGUUUCUCCUGGAACUACUGUCUGACAGCGCCAACGCCAGUUGCAUUACUUGGGAGGGGACCAACGGGGAAUUCAAAAUGACGGACCCUGAUGAGGUGGCCAGGCGCUGGGGAGAGCGGAAGAGCAAGCCCAACAUGAAUUACGAUAAGCUGAGCCGGGCCCUCCGAUACUACUACGAUAAAAACAUUAUGACCAAAGUGCAUGGCAAAAGGUAUGCCUACAAGUUUGACUUCCAUGGCAUUGCCCAAGCCCUGCAGCCACACCCAACAGAGACAUCAAUGUACAAGUAUCCUUCUGACAUCUCCUACAUGCCUUCCUACCAUGCCCAUCAACAAAAGGUGAACUUUGUCCAGCCCCACCCAUCCUCCAUGCCUGUCACCUCCUCCAGCUUCUUUGGAGCAGCGUCACAAUACUGGACCUCCCCCACUGCGGGGAUCUACCCGAACCCCAGUGUACCCCGCCAUCCUAACACCCACGUGCCUUCACACUUAGGCAGCUACUACUAGAACUUAACACCAGUUGGCCUUCUGGCUGAAGUUCCAGCCCUCACUUCUACUGGAUACUCUGGACUCUAAAAGAUGCUGUAGCUUUGAAGAGAUAAGAAAACUGGAUGUUCUUUCCUUUGGAUAGAACCUUUGUACUUGUUCUUCUAAAAAUGAUUAUUUGUAUGUUUAAAAAAAAAGAACUUUUGCUUCCUCUACCUAAAAAAGAAAAAAGAAAGAAAAAGAAAGAAAGAAAGAAAAAAGAUCCUUCCAUGGGCCAGUCCACCAAUUUGGAUUCUCAACCUCCUAUCAUUGAAUGAGUUAAAUAUUUAGGUUACUGGAACCGGUUAUACCAUGAUUCCGAGAAUGGAGUAUGCAUUUUCUGUAUUCUUCUUUUAUGACCAAAGCAGUUUCUUAUCAGCACACGGGUCUCAUCCUUUUAGGAUAAUGAAUCAUGCAUGGACUUGACCAGGGUUGGUCUGGUUUGAGGCUUUAGUAAAAAUCAAGGUAGGAUGUUUAUAAUCUUUUCUUAGGAGGACUUAAUUCAGCGGAUGGCAACUGGAACACCGGCUGGGAGGCUGGUGAAGUCCCUGCCCAACUGGAAUUUAAAAGAUGUGUGUGUAUGUGUAUAUUUAAGAAGACAUGACUAUUACAAAAUUCCUCCCAAUGGGCCAUAUGCGCUUGGCUGACUGUUCUCUCCAGAAAUAGUCAGAAUAUGAACCAAGAAAGUUUAACACAAACACAGACACUCCUGAAGGACAGUGGACUAAGUAACUUUUUGUUUUUGUUUUUGUGUUUUAGUGACAGUGAGUCCCAGGACUUUGAAAAGUCAGGGGGAUUUCUAAACUCAGACAGAUUCGCAAGCGCUGUGCGCUUGUCAGACCACCAGACCAAGGUCAACCAAUCAGAAGGCAACUUAACUGUAUAAAUUAUGCAGAGUUAUUUUUCCUAUAUCUCACAGUAUUAAAAAAAAUAAAUAAUUAAAAAGUUAAAGAGUGAAUAAACGAGUUGACCUCGGUCACAAAUGCAGUUUUACUAUCAAAUCAAUCAUUGUUAUUUUUUUAAAGUAUAAUUUGUACAUCUUUUGUCAAUCUGUACAUUUGGGCAAUUUGUACGUUUUUAUAGCUGGUCUCUCUCUCUCUCUCUUUUUUUUUAAAUAAGCAUAAUGUGACUAUUGAUGAAAAGAAAACGGAGUGAAAAGUCACUAAGUUCUUAGGAAGAAAAGCCGUGAUACAGUUAUUUUAACGCGCAUGCCCAAACAAGAGAAAAGAUCCCUUUAGAUCUACAAUGCGUCAGAAAUGUUUGUAAAUAACAGAGCUGCAAUAACCUGAGAAGGACAGACAGACGUCUCCUCGUGCGCGCGAGGAGCUCUCCUGCUCUAUAUAGCAAUAUAUUUUUAGACGUGAGAAUAUAUAUAAUUUUGCAGGUAAUCGUGACUUUUUAAAUGAUAUUAAGGGUUAAGCUGACAACUGUCCAAUGCAGACUGAGUUGUAAAAUAAUUUGACCUGAAUAAAUUGUGCCUUCUUCCUUUUCUUCUUCUUUCAGAACUUGA